AUGACGCGAGUAGACUUUCUGCUGCAUGAGUCCGCUGUCGGAUAUGCUAUCUUCAAGGUUGUCCACCAGCAGGACACUGUUGGUUUACACCUGAAAGAGGUUCAGAAGGCUGGUCAGGAUCUCUCCAAGUUUGGCAAGAUGGUGCAAUUGGUUAACUUUGCGCCUUGGAGAAAUGCCGCCGACGCGCUCGAGAACAUUAAUCUUAUUUCGGAGGGUAUACUCCCCGAUUAUCUCCAGUCCAAUCUCGAAUUGAACCUACCCCAAUCGAAGAAGAGCAAGAUUAUCCUUGGUGUCGCCGAUAAGAAUUUGGCUGGUUCCAUUAAGGCCGCUUUCCCCGGCGUUGAGUGCGAGACUGGCGAUACAUCUGAAGUUGUCGCCGACCUCCUCAGAGGUAUCCGCCUUCACGCAGCCAAGUUACUAAAAGGUCUCCAAGAGGGAGACGUAGAGAGAGCGCAACUAGGUCUUGGCCACGCCUACUCGCGUGGAAAGGUCAAGUUCAACGUCCACAAGAAUGACAACCACAUCAUCAGAGCCAUUGCCACUCUAGACAACCUAGAUAAGGGUAUCAAUCUUUUCUCUCAAAAAGUGCGAGAGUGGUACGGCUGGCAUUUCCCUGAGCUCUUUAGCAUUGUCUCCGACAAUUUGACUUAUUCACGCUUGGCUCUCUUCAUUGGCGACAAAUCUUCCCUAUCAGAGGACAAGCUUCACGAGAUUGCCGCUCUAGUCAAUGAUGACGAAGAGAAGGCGCAGGAGAUCCUUACCAGGGCUAAGAUAUCCAUGGGGCGAGAGCUGUCAGAAGUUGAUAUGAAUAACAUCUCCACCUUCGCCGGCAAGGUAGUUAAGCUCGCUGAGUACCGAAGAACGCUCUAUAGUUAUUUGGUCGAUAAGAUGAGCACGGUUGCGCCUAAUCUGGCCGCGCUCAUCGGCGAAGUCGUUGCUGCUCGUCUUAUUCAAAAGGCUGGUUCUCUGACAAACUUGUCCAAGUAUCCGGCCUCUACGCUUCAGAUUCUUGGUGCCGAGAAGGCUCUAUUCCGUGCCUUGAAGACGAAGGGUAACACUCCCAAGUUUGGUCUUAUCUACCACAGCACGUAUAUUGGUCGAGCAAGUCAAAAGGACAAGGGUCGUAUUUCGCGAUAUCUCGCGAACAAGUGCAGUAUCGCUAGCCGAAUUGACAACUUUUCUGAGCAGCCAUCAAAGAAGUUUGGCGAUGCGUUACGAAGACAAGUCGAAGACCGCUUAGAAUUCUAUGCUACUGGCAAGAAGCCAACUAAGAACGCAGAUGCGAUGAACCAAGCAAUGGCCGAUAUCCUCGCCGAUGGUCAGAGUCUAGCUAUUGAUACGGAGAUGAUCGAUGCCCAUCCCCAAGCCGAUGCCACUACGCCUAAGAAAGAGAAGAAAUCCAAGGACAAGAAGGAAAAGAAGCGCAAGCAUAGCGAUGUAAACGGCCUGGUGGAAGUGGAGGCGGACGGAGACAAGAAGAAGAAAAAGAAGAAGAAGCACGCAGACGAGUAA